UCGGGCGCAUCUCUCUCAGGUUGCUGUCGAGUUUCGAUGCAAAUACACUUCGGGCGGCUUCGCUUCAGUGUUUUAUCCUGAGGGGAAACGGCUACCCACAAAAGAAUCAGUGAGUUAGACUGAGAAAAUGCAAGUGUCGGCAAUGGAGAGGAGGAUUUCUACCCUGACUCUACUCUGUCUGGUGUUGUCAGGCGUUGGUGCCCUCGAUGUGAACAUACCUAAGGAAGUGUAUGAGUAUGCCAGAGGUGACAACAUCACACUGCCCUGCAGCUUUAAACCCAGGGAUCCUAACCCCUCACUUGUCAUCAUCUCAUGGUCUGCCGAGGGUGCACAAGCCAACGCUAAAGAGACCUUGAUCCUCACUUACUAUUCUCAUUCUGAAGUCAUUGACACCAAAUCGCUGUACGAAGGCCGGGCGACCCUGGACGUAGAUGUUCCCAAGGGAAAGGCCGACCUGAAGCUGUCCUCCAUCACACUAGCAGAGAACAAGGUGUUUGAGUGUCGUGUCCAGAUUCCCGGUGACGAUGAGGGCAAGCCGGCUGACACUGCUCGUGUGGUGGUUCUAGUGGCUCCAUCUACGCCCAUCUGUAAGAUCGAGGGGAAGGCAGAGUAUUACCAAAACAUCAACCUGACCUGUAAGUCUGAGGAAGGCUCGCCGCCACCCACUUACACGUGGGAUAGUCGAGAUGUCAGGAAUGUACCUCGUGCUCCACUCCCAAGAUCCACAGACAAGGGCGGCAUCCUGUCUCUAUUCAAUAUCUCCAAAGAGGCAUCAGGAUUCUACAUCUGCACCUCAGCUAACAAGAUCCGCUCUGCUACCUGUAACAUCACCCUUGCAGUCAUGCCACCUUCCAUGAACAUUGGCUCCACUGCAGGGAUCAUUGGUGGAGUUGUUGCCGCUUUGAUCGCACUCAUCAUCAUCAUCUAUUGCUGCUGCUGCCGUAAGAAGAAGAAGGAGGAGGAAUACGCCAUGGGAGUUCGAGGGGAAGAGUACAGCGACAAAGAGCCGCCCAGAAAUGGUGAGAGUCGCCAUGCUGAUGGGCAAGAGGACAAUCAUGGUUAUGAUGACCGUGCGAGGAGUCCUGGUGAUCGCAGUGACCGCUACGAGGAACGGCGCGAGCGCAACUACGAGAACCGUAUGGAUGUCGACAACCGAGGCAGGGAUUAUGAUGAUCGGCGCAGCGACUACGAUGAUCGGCGCAGCGACUACGAUGAUCGGCGCAGCGACUACGCUGAUCGGCGCAGUGACUACGAUGAUCGGCGCAGCGACUAUGACGACCGCCGCAGCGACUACACUGAGCGACGUGACAGGUAUAGUGAUCGCAAUGAGCGCUAUGACGACGAGGGGCGCUAUGAGGAUGACCGCCGCUAUAAUGAUGACCGCAGGGACCGCCGUAAUGAUGACGAUCGCUAUGAUGAGCCCUAUGAUGAUCGCGAUCCUGACAGACCACCCGUGCCAGCCAAUAAGCCACCGAGGAAAGACUACGAUGUCUAAAUUCUCCAACCUGAAUCAGCCACAGUCUUCAGUCUCCUCUUUCAACUCCACUGACUUUACCCCAAUGAGAGCUAGUUACGUCACACUCCAGGUGUGACCUGAUUGGCUCAAACAACAUUUUUGCCACCAUGGAUGUUGUUGUGAAAUAAUUGGCUCAAACACCACAACUGUACCAGAUCCAAGAAGAAGCAACAUGUGUCAUUUUAUGUUUGAGAUGUAGAACAACUCUGAGUUGUUUGUGGGAGAAUUGGUUGAGGAAGGGUGGGGAACUCAAGAUGGCGGCCACAAAGCUUGAUCUGUUUUCAUAUUUCAGAUUUUGGGGGGGAUGUAGGGGACACACUGCCUGCAAUAUUUAGAUUGGUUUGUCCCCCUCCAAAUAAGAACAUUAAAGUAACAUAGGACUUAUAAAGAAAUAAAGAAAUUUCCACUAUAAAUUAAUGCAGAAGAAGCACAAAUCGGUGCAGAAAAAUACCACCAGAAUCCAGGAAAUUAAGUCGUUGAUACCAAAAUGUCCUACCCUUUAAUGAAGUGGGGGGCACUUCAUAUAUACCACCCCCCAAAUGUUGAAAUGAAACCUACCCCCUUGUGUGUUUUAAACAGGAGCCCUGUUUUCACCGAACGCUUUUGGUAUGGUACCUUUGGAACCAAAAGUAAUCCUUCAGACUUGGUAACUAGACCCUAGCAUUUCCACCGCAAACAGUGUGGGUGGGGUUGUUGUCGCUCUCUGCUGUCGCUCACUGCUCCAUCCAGCUCCGUAUUUCCUCAUUACCGGUGACACACAUGGAAGUAUGCGCUACCUUUUAGUACCAGAUCUGUGAGCUAGGUACCCCAACAGAGGGGGGACCAAAAAUGGGGACAUACAAAAUGGUUCCAUUGGUACCAUCCACAGCUUCUCACAGUGGAAACUUGAAAAAGCUCACCGAACUCAAUCGUACCGUACUGCUCGGUGGGAACAAGGCUAGGGAGUAAGUUGGUGAGGUCAACAGUUACAAACUAAUCCAAAAAUUAGGUGGCAUUUUAUCUUUAGAUUUGAUAUGUUGGCAUUAUUACAUAAGAAUGCCAGGCCUUAUUAUGUCUGUCUCUGUUUGUCUUGAUUUUAGAUGACUCUAGCUGUCGGGUGAAACUGUUGGUAGUUUGUUGCUUUAGGAAGCUACCUCCGCACUACAGAACAGGGCUUUAGAUUUGUGUCUUUGUUUAUGCUUGAUAGAGUCAUUUUUGUUUAUAUACUGUCUAUCUUUGUACAGGAACAUAUGUUAAACCAGUUUUAAUGUCCUCUCUGGUUGGUGCUAUCAUGUUUUCUGCACCAUGAUUUUCUAGAAAGUAGAACUAAAACUUCCUCUUCCUCUCUUUUUUUAAAAUCUUAAAUGAAUAUAACAAUGUCAAUGCAGUAGGCCAGUGAUGCUAGGCUUAGGUCCCGCAGGCCUAAUGUGGCACACGAUAGCGUGCCGGGGGCCAGCUGACCAUUUUCAAAUUCACAAUAAAAAUAAAUUGAUGCACAACAAGAAUUGUUGGCACUUUGAAUGCAGAUAAGAUUCCAGAGUGCAUAAACGCGCGUCAAUAUAGAGCAUGUUUCUAAAAAAAAAGUGCCAGGGGAGGAUCCACCAAACCCCACAUUAGAGGUCUGAUCUAAUUGCUGUGACUGGAUUUACAUCAUUUAUUAAUUUUAUCAGAUAAAUAUUAUUACUGUUUGUAUAUUAACUGGCCCCUAGCCUCCUGCAAAGGAAGCUGAGUAUCCCUCAGUGGGAUAUAUAACCUCUUUAUGCUGUACGACCCUCAAAUAUGUUUUUAAUUAUGUCGAAUUGUUUUAAAAAGAGAUUUCUGUUGAAAUGAAAUGCAAUGGAAUAUGCAAAAAUAAACUUUUUUAUUAUUAUCUUAGCAAUUGUAAAAGCUUUACACUGGGGUUUAUGUUGUGAAAUAUUGUAAUGCAUUCCAUUAAUGAAAUGUGCUGUAAAAAAAAUAAUGCUGAAAUAAAGUGAACAAAACUGUUUCUUGUAACUGUAUGAAUCCUGAACACUAGAUGGCAACAUUACACCUCCCAACAACUGAAGUUUCAUAUGAUUACAAUUAGUCCUGGGCAUACAUGUGGAGCACAACGGAAAUAUAUUUCUAUUUGUAGAAGCACCAAUUGUUGUAUAGAUAGUUGUUAUUUGGGGGAUUCAUUCACAUCUUAAACUUUCCCCUCCAUCACCUCCACCAUCCAUUGUCUCAUUGUCUCUGGAAAUAGCUCCCAGGCCCCCCUCACCACUCUGCUGUGUAAAGUUACACAACUACUCAACUAGUACCGGAUAUGUAGUCAUUUGAGCUUCAAAAUAAAAUAACAAAAAAAAAAAUCUGCCCAAAAUAUAUUUCAGGUCUUCUGCUACAUUAUGAACAAUCCAGACAUCUCAGGUCAUCUCAGACAGGUCUGGUCAGCUUUCUGUCUCCAGAGUCAAAACUAAACAUGGAGAGGGAGCAUUCAGUUUUUAUGCUCCAUAUAACCAGAACACACUCACAGAAAACUGCAGGUCCGCUGCAACUCUUUUAAUUAAGGCUGAAGACUUUUAUGUUUGCCCCUUUUAUUAAAUCAAAUACUCGAUCAUGUCUUACACUUUUAUUCUUAUAGUAUCUGACAUGGUCAUAGUCUGUUUUAACUUGUUUUUAUUUCUCUUGGCUCUUUAAUGGAUCUUUUUAAUUGUAUUUAAAUGUUAUUUUAUAGUGUGUUUCUUUUGCACUUUUUAGGUCUAUGUAGAACAUGUGAACUGCCAUGUUGCUGAAAUAAAUAAACUUCCCCUGCCUUAAAAAAUA